AUGCCGAACGUUUGUUUCGUCAAGACGUGCCGCCAUCAAACUGGGAAGAACGUUCGCAAGGGCUUGCGAUUCUUCUCUUUGCCGGAGAAAGAACCACGAAGGACUGCGUGGUUACGCUGCGCCGGGCGAGGGCACGACAUCGAGAACCUGCCUCUCAUUCCCCGUUUUUGUGCCGAACAUUUCGAGCCGACUGCUUUCCGAAAGGACGACCUGCGUCGUUCACGUCUUCGAUCAGAUGCUGUGCCGACGCUUCUGCUUCCCGUCGCCGAUGAGACCGACGAUCCUCCCCCAAAGCGCCAAAAAGUCGUGUGGUGCCACCUGUCCCUGUCGCAGACGUGCCUGCACAGUCGCAUCCACCUGAGUCUGCCUUCUCCACUUGUAGCAGUGGGGUGCCAUAUGAAUGCACAUCUCCUGUUCCCAGCAGCAUGCCAGACUCUGACGCAACCUACUCUCCGUCUCACAGCGAGGAUUACGAGAGAAUCGAGCAUGGUGCAUCAGCUCCACCACCACCACCAGAAGAGCGCCAGUUUCUGGUUCUACAGCAUCUGCCCUGUGGAGCACGUGCGCACAUGGAAAAACCAGCCCAUCGUCAACGGCAGACCAGCAGGGAACAUACUGCUGACCAGCCACCUGGUCUUCUCUGGAGUGAAGAUUGCCCCUACGCUGCGGAUGCUACGCCAUAUGAACGUGCAGGUCAUCUCCGACUCGAACUUCUACGAGCAUCGGAAGGCCUUCGCUCUACCUGCAAUCCACAAGGUCUGGCUGCAAGAGCAACAGGAACUUCUCAACGAGUUGCAGAACAAAGAGGUGGACAUCUCUGCUGACGGGAGAUUUGACUCCCCUGGGUUCUGUGCCAAGUACCUGACGUACACAGUCCAUGUUGAGCAAAUCAACAAGAUUCUACACUCUGUCCAGGUCCAGCUAAAAGAGGCAAGUAGUGAGAUUUACGUGAACCAGUUGCAACAAUCUCAUAAUCUUUCUCUUGUGUUAUGUCAUCAGUUACUUCACUGCUAUGCACUAUUUUGGUAA